UUUAUAACGAAAUGAGGCCGUGCUUACGGUGCUGUGUGGACGGCGGUGGCCGGAUUUUAGGUCUGGAAUUCAAGGAGAGACGAGGUGAGGUGCGGCGUGGGUUUGAAAUUCUAAAACCCAGAACGCUUGUACACACAGAAAAUACCCCAAAGAUUCGUAAAUAGAGAAAGCCAUCAUCGACAGUGACGGUGGGCGCAGAUCCUCAGAGCCAGAGGAAGACCAUUGCAAGUUCUAAGGAUCAUGAGGAACUUAGUCGUUAAGUGGUUCCUUCAAAGCUCAAGCUCAUUUACUUGCCCCUACUUCUCAAGAUCCAGCCCUUUCUUGCUCUCCUCUCGAUGGUACUCAGUUUCUGCUCCACGUGGUAAUGAGGAAGCUGAAACAGUAGUGUUUCCAAGGGAGGGUCCUGGGUUUUCUUAUGGUCUCCACUGGGCUUUGGCUGCAAAAGGUGUUCUUGUAAAGGAAAACGCUUUUCGAAACCUGGAGUCUUCUGAACUACAGCGAAAGGGUGCAAAAAUUGUGGAUUCCUUGGCGGGACUUCCAGUUUAUGUUAGAGGAAGUAUUGUUGGAGGAGCUUCAGAAAUUUCCAAGUCUCAGUUUGGCAAACUUUUGAAACAGGUUUCAAAUCACAUAUCAUCCAUUUCAGAUGUUUUUGUUCAUGAUGGGGCUAUUGGUUCAUCACCAAAAUGUGAUGCAAAAGUCCGUGUAAUAAGUGAUAGUCCUUCAGCUGUGUUAUCACUUUCAAAUGUUCUCUGGAAGACUCCAACACGUGCAGUUUCACAUGAUUCUUGUCCGUUGAUGGUCUAUGUUGCAACAUCUAUAAGUCCAGGGGUGGGUGACACUGUUGGCUUGGGAGCUCAAGGGAAUAAGGGAUUCAUAGCUGCAGAUAUCGAGCGAUCAUCACUGAUUUUAUGUGGUAAAGCAUUCUCAGAUACAAAUGGGAUUAAAGAAGCACUGGCUUCCUUGUCUGGACCUAUCAUAUCUUCACGGGGAGGCCUUCCUCUAUCUGGAAGGCUCUUAGUGUCUGGUGAUUCAGUGGUUCUUUUGUUUUCACCCUAUCAAACCAUUCAGAGCUGCACGGAGUCCUUCGUGUCUGCAGAUGCAGGUGUAAUUCUUUCUUCCGAAGGUGUUGCACCGUAUUUUCAAAGUGAAAAAUCUGGUGGCACGAAUUUAUUUAAAUUGCCAGCUGCUGUUAUCCUUGCAUCUUCUGAUAGUUCUGGAAGUAUCCCUUCUGCAUCAAAGCUCUCUCCUGGGCAAGCAGCCUAUCACUUCCUGGCAGGCUAUCAAAAUGGGAAGUUCUUGCCUGCAUACAGCAAUGGCUCUUCAUCUAUUGACCUGUUAGAACUUGCAAAGGCUCUUUUGUCCAAGUUGCAAGAGAACGAAAUCCCAUCUUUCCUCAUCAAUGUCAACGAGGGGGAAAAGAGUGUAACUGGUAAGAAUCUUGUUAAGUUGGUGGAAUCAACUCUGUCCAAGAGCAUCCCCCAAUUUGAAGCCAAAGGUGGAAAUCUUCAAGGAAAGUACAAGAGCUUUUUAACAGGAAAAUUUCAAGACCUACCCAAGGAAUUCUCAUUCUGAGAACGAUAAAUCCUUUUUGCCUUUUCCUUUGAAGCUCUUGUUUUCCUAAAGGCAGCUGCAACUUUGCUGUUAACGCUGAAUCUAGAAAAUUGUGGGAGCUGCCUGAAUCUAUAAGGAUCACCACUUGUUCACCACAAAGACUCCCAAGUAAACGUAUUGUACUCACCGUGGGGGUUCCCGCUAUGGCAGCCAAGGAAAUUUCCAGCUCUUCCUUGCUGCUGGUUGGUGUAGUUUUGUUUUCCAGCACUGUUUUGUCGUCCAUUCCGACCAUCGGCAGCAGUUCCUCUUCCUCACACAACUCCUCACAUACUUGCUCAUUUACAUCCAAGAGGGCAUAACAUACGUACCGGGAUUCGAAUUUCAUCUUUCAGGCCACAAAGACAACAGCUCAACUUAUGAUUAUCCGAGAGAGCUCGUAAGCGGUUGGCCAACCUUUCAAAUUGGCUCAUGUAAGACUCAACCGUAGUGGUCUGUUUCAGCCUCAUCAAUGCCUCCAUUGGAUCGUUGUAGGCCAUGGGUCCAAAACGCAACAGCAAUACUCUGGAAAAAGUGUCCCAAUCACGGCAUAACCCCCCAUCGACAACAUUUUCGAACCAUACGAGAGCAUCUCCUUCCAUAUGGUAAGAGGCCAUCAAUAGUCGUUGAGGCAUUGGUGUUUGGUGGAAGUCGAAAUAGUGGUUGGCUUUAAAAAGCCAGGCGGCUGGAUUGAGUCCUUGGAAAUGGGGAAAAUCCAUCUUGACCCUUCUGGAAUUCAUUCUUCUUGGGUCAUGAUUUUCCACUUCAAAGUUGGCUUCAUGGUUAAAAAGUGGAGAAGGUGGUGGCUGGUUCUGUCAGUUCAUCAAGGUGUUUAUGGUGGAGGAGGGAGCAAGCAAUGGAAAUACAAGAAUGAAGGGAAAGCUGAUAACCUGUUUGAUGAAAGGUUUCAGCCACAAGUUGCAUUGAUACGAUCCUCUUCGAGGGAGAAUCAACCUCCUUACAAGACUCUAAAAAGAGCAAUUCUAGGGGCAACCGGGGUUGCGUCCCCGCCGCGGCCACUUUCGCCAUGUCAGCCAACUUUUUUUCUUUUUAUUUAAAAAAAAAACCAAAAUAGAUGCCAUGAAAGCGGGAAAUGAAAUAGUUUCCCAGUUCAGAAAUUCAGUUUCGUCUUCGCCACUCCUGAGCUUCGUCUUCUCCCGAGCUUCAUCUUCUCCCAGGCUUUGUCUUUCUAGUCUGUGGCUUCUGUGUUCGUGCGAGAACGAAACCGAUUGUUGCAGUCGCCGUUGUGGGACAGUCCAGAUCUCUGAGUCGCGGUCGUCGUCGUGGGUGAGAGGGCAACUGGUCUCCAUCUGCUAUUAAGAUGCAUGUUGGGGCGAUGGAUGGAAGACAGACGGAUAAUGAGAAUAGAGCACAUCAGAUCUUGGGGAUUUUGGUUUAUGAUUUCGAGAUCUAUUGAGUGUAUUUUCUUUUCUGGUAUUGUGAUUGUAAACGAUAUGUGAGCAAGUGAUUGCAAUAUGUGAGUUGAGUAAGUGAUUGUAAAAAAGACACUGAAUAUUUUGUUAUAUAAGAUUUAUCAGUUUCUACAAA